ACCGCCUACAAGAAGUCAACGGUUAUAUCCCUUUGCACAGGAAGUUAUAUUUAACGCUGUAAUUAUUGUUACCAAAUUAUUGGUACACAAGGAUUGACGCUAGAUGCAUUAGUGACUGCAGAUAGGCAUGAUCCAGAAUAUAAGAUAAUAUUGAAAACAAUAUCUUGGAGUAAAAUGAUUAUUAGAUGGAGAAACAGCUUUCCAGUUACAUAAAAAUAUCUCAUGGAUGAUAUUUACCAAGUUUACUGAAUAAAAUUUUUCUGACCGAAAACAUGGAUCAAAUUCUUCAAGGACUGUUUGUUUCUAAUCACCCAGAUAUCCUUAAAGAAAAAAUUCUACAAAAAAUAUUAAAAUCACCAAAAACAGCACAAGACACAGUCCCAGUUUUAAAUCUUGCAGUAAAAUGGUCAUUAGAUGGAGAAACUGCAUUCCAAUGUACAUCUGGUGUUCGACUUUACGAAAAUUGGGCAAGAAACAAUGAAGAGAUAUUUCAAAAAUACUUCAACAAAGUUUUAAUGAAUGAUAUCUUAAUUAAUUCACACCAAAAUCCAACAGCAGCCAUUGUUAUCAUCGAAAAAUCAUUACAAAUUUUAAAAGGUACUGAAUGCUAUGCAUCAUUAGUGAAAUAUUUCCAGCAGUUAAUCACAAUAUUUUUAAAACAGAACAGUAAUUUACAGUGUUUAGCUAUAAUCUUUUCUUUAUUGAUAAAACAGCCUAAAUGUGUUCCUGUUUAUCAACGAUAUGAUUUCUGUUGUGUGAUUAUUGAUAUUUUAUAUGUUACUAGAACACCAAAACAAGGAGUUAAUUUUUUACGAGAAGUUAAAACAAUAAAUACAGCUGGACAAAUUUUAUUUCAAUUAUGGGAAAAUUGUAACCCUAAUAAUUCUAAUGAUGACACAAAGAAAAAUUCAGUUCAUUAUCUGUUUUCCUUAAUUUCGCAGCCAUUUAACAGUCCUUCUGUCUGUCUUGGAACGUUGAGUCAAAUACCAGUUAAAUCAGUAGAAGAAAUUAUUGAUUUAAUUAAUAUUGAUGUAAUUAAUAAACCUAGAAUCUCCAACACAAUUUAUCAAAUUUUACAUUGGCUGGAUUGGCCAUUUUCUCAACGAGUACAUAUAUGGAUAAUUGGGAUAUUUGAAAAAUUAGCAGCAGCAGGAUUUGAUGAAGUUUUAAAAGAAAUUGCUCAGGAGACUAUUGUUUUCAUAGUCAACAUGCUGAAACCGAUUGCUUCUAGAGAAUCUGCAGCUAAGAUCUUGGUACAUAUAUAUACAAAGAUACAGAUGAGUCCUGAUAGUACCUCUCACAUGAUAAUGUCGUUGGUUGACAUCAUUCCAAUAUUAGCAGAGGAAAAAAGCAGCACAGGUUUAGCAUGCAUUGAAAUCUUAUUGGCCAAUAUGGAGUUGGAAAUAUAUUGGCAUUCUAAAGAACCAUUUAUAAAAUAUAGACAGACUUGUUUCUCAAUCAAAGAACUGCAAUUAAAUAAAGUAAAACCUCUUGCAGCAUUAUGUAAUACUAGUAAUUGCAAAAAUUUUACUGUUCCUCCUCUUGAAAUUAAGAAGACUCUAACACGCAAAACUGGAUUGUGCAAUGUGAAAAACUCGUGUUAUAUGAAUUCAGCUAUUCAGGUGCUCUUUAUGUUGGAUAAUUUUAGACAAGAGGUAUUAGGCAUGCCAGUGCCCCCUGGUGGAAUCAUCAGCAAACUACAAGAAGUUUUCUCCUAUCUACUAUCAAGCCAACGGCCUUCUUUUUACCCAUCAGAAUUCUAUUGCAACGCUAAUCCUUCAUGGUUUGCAAAAUAUGAGCAGCAAGACUGUGCAGAGUUUUUGUCACAUCUUCUGAAUGCUUUUGAUGAGGAAGAAAAGAAAAACAGCAUGAAAACAGAGUCAGAUUUGAGUGAUAAAAAUAAGGGAGAGAUAACUAAAUGCGAAAUAGUAGAUAGUAAAUCAAGAACGCUAAUUGAUAGAAAAUUUUUUGGUAAGCUCAGAAACUCUACAAGGUGUCUAAAAUGUCAAACUGAAACAAAAUACGAAGAAAGAUUUUCGUUUUUGCUCCUAGCAUUACCAUAUGAUGAUGAUGAGGAGGAGGAGGUGAAGGAAGAGAAAAAUAUAAAUGAUAAACUCGAUAUUCGAGACUUAAUACAGAAUUACUUCACAGUGGAAGAAUUGAAGGUUAGUAAUCAAUUUAAGUGUCCAAACUGUAAUGAUUAUCGUGAUGGAAUUCGACAAGUUUUCCUCAUAGACGCUCCAGAAUAUUUAAAUCUAACUUUAUCAAGAUUUUCUUAUAAUAAAAAGAAUAAAAAGCGGUCUAAAAUUAUGGCUUAUGUCAAUUAUCCAAAAGAAUUAUGUUUAAAAUGUUUCACUACAAAUGAUGAGAGUUUGGUUGUCGAGGAAGAUAUUAAUUAUGUACUGUGUUCUGUUGUUAUUCAUUCUGGUUAUAACAGUGAUUCCGGACAUUGUAUAUUGCUAUCCCGACAUUCGUGUUUAAUUAAUGAACAUUAUACAAACUUGAGUAAUUUACUAAAAGACAACUGGUAUAUUUUUAAUGAUGAAUCUGUAACAGAAACAAAGUAUAAUUUUUCAGAUACACUUAAAUCAUCAAAAAGUGACACUCCUUACUUUUUUAUAUAUAGACGUGUAACAAAAGAGCUAUUAGAUUCAGGUGAGUUAUGCUGUAAUCUAGAAGAACUGCUUGAAAAAUCUGUAAUUCCAGAAAGAUUUCAAAAUGAAAUUUCAAAAGACAAUGAAAGGUAUUUCAAGGAAAAAUUAUCACAGGUCAAAGAUGAAGACAGCACAAAAAAGAAAAAAGAUGACUUUGACUAUGAUGGCAGUGGGAACAGUGGAGGGACAAAUGCUUUUGGCCACUUAGACAUCUUUGGGUCUAAGUUUAUAUACUAAAUUACUAAAUAAUCAUUAUCAUUUCUUCAUCAUCAUUUUAAUGUCCACAUUUCCAUGGUUGCAUGGCUUGGAUUGAGGUUAUUAAGGUGGAUUUUCUAUGGCCAGAUGCCCUUCCUGUUACCAACCCUUACUUGUUUCUAAGCAAGGUAAUAUUUCCCCAUGGCCAUACCUGAUUUUGCAGAACAUUGGAAACAAAUGACAUUCAUUUACAACAAUUGUGCACUGUCAAGAAGACAAAAAUACACACACACAUACACACAUUAUAUAUAUAUAUAUAUAUAUAUAUAUAUAUAUAUAUAUAUAUAUCAAGUAGUUGGGAUCUAUAAGAUCCAGGCAAUUAACUUAGCACUCCUGCUCACAGGUUACUUUGGAAGAAUACCAAUGAUACUCUCUGUCUAUCAGCCAGUCAAUAAAACAAACUGAAAACUUAACUAGUUAAUUUAUGAUUCUUAAGCACACUGUAAAUCCAUUGUAUUUAAUAACAAUAUGCUGCACAUUUACUGCAGGGUAAAAUAUAAUAAGUGAAUAAAUAUCACACACACCUGUCAUUUAUACAAAGAUAUGUGAUGAAAAUGUCUGGUUAUGUGGUUUCACAAAGUAAUACAUUAAUAUGCAAAUAAAUAACCAUUCUAUGGAAAUGUACAUAACAUAAUUUGCACAAUAUUUCUAUUCAUAUUCAUUGAUCUUGUGUGUGUGUGUGUAUACUACGCUUCUUUUCAGUUGUUUCCUUCCAUCUCCUAAAUCCAGUUACAAUGCUUUGAUUGGUCCUGGGCUUUAGUAGAAGGCACACACCCAAAGUGUAACACAGUGGGAGUGAACCCAAAACCAUGUGGUUGGGAAACAAACCUCUUCAUCACACAGACUCCCUUGUGCCUAUACAACACAUUUUCAGGGGUUUAAUAAUAAGUAUUUAAUAUACAUAGGUUCAAGCAUGACUAUGUGGUUCAUAAGUUUGCUUUGCAAAACUUUCUGAGUUUGGGUGCAUUUCCACUGCAUGCAGAACAUCUUGGGCAAUUCUCUUCUGCUAUAGCUUCCUCAGGUUUACCAAUGCCUUAUAAAUAUGUGAACAGAAUGUAGUAGACAGAAACUGUACAGAAACCCAUUGUAUGUAGAAAUUGUGUGUGUGUGUGUGUGCGUGUAUCAUCAUUAUUUGAAUGUCUAUUUUUCCAUGCUUGCAUGACUUUGGAUGAGGCAGAUUUUCUAAUGCUGGAUACCUUUCCUGUGAUAAGUUGGUUGUCAGGCACCAGAAACUAAGAAAAUAAGUAAUUCAGACAUGGAUGGCUGGGCAUGGCAAUGUUAACAAGGGUAUUGGUGGCAUUGGGACACCUACAUGCAUAUUGAGUUUAAACAACUUGUUGAUCCUGCUAUGGCAAAACAGAAUUAUUAUUAUUAUUAUACAAUCUUUUCUACUCUAGGCACAAGGCCCAGAAUUAUUAUUAUUAAGGCAGCAAGGUGGCAGAAUUGUUAGCAUGCCAGGCAAACUGCUUAACAGCAUUUCAUCCGUCUUUACGUUCUAAGUUCAAAUUCUACUGAGGUCAACUUUGCCUUUCAUCCUUUCGGGAUCGAUAAAAUAAGUACCAGUCAAGCACUGGAGUCAAUGUUAUCAACUAGCCCCUCCCACCAAAUUUCAGGCCUUGUCCUUAUAGUAGAAAUGAUUAUUAUUGUUAUAAAAGCAGCGAGCCUUAUGCCUACUAUGGUAGAAGAAAUUAUAUACACACACACACACACACAGUCCUCAUUUAAUGUCAUUGAUAGGUGCUUGAGAAGAGCAAAUUUAAGUGAAAUAACAUAAAGCAAAACCAAUUUAACCAAUGUUCAUUGAUAUAAAGAGAGUUACAUUCCUAGUCACAAAAAGAUCAACAAAAUUGUAAACAAACACUUAAAUAUUAAUACAAAUCAAUAAGACGGUUGUUUCUUUAAAGAACUUGGACAAAGUCUGUUAUCUUGCAUUAUUUUUCUUAUGAUUUCAUUUCAUUUCAUUUCAAAGUUUCAGCUCAGAGCUGCGGCCAUGCUGAUGCACCACCGUGGAUUGUAUAAUUUUUUUUAGAAGUUGAAGUCGCUCAUUAUUAACCUGUUUGUUCUUAACUUUUUCUCUUUGAAGAUCUUUUUUGGUGAAAAUUGCCAUAGCUUUAUCUAAAAUAAGGAUACUCUCUGACAAAUCUUUUAGUAGUUAAAAUACCUGGUGGUCUUGCAUUUUCACUCACAGUACUGUUCUACUUUCUAUGAGGUCCUCAUUAGAUAUUUUUUGGCCAUGAGAUUCAAGGAACUCCACCCUUUUAUAUUUUAAGUAUUGUCAUGCCUUAAAAGAGUUGUAUCUCUGUUAAAUACAUAAUAAAUGUAGAAAGAUUGUGUCUUAAAAGAAAGCCGUGAAAUAAAAAAAAAUUAAUAUCAUGCAUUGUUAUCCAUCAUUAUCUGUUUAUUGACUUAUUUAUGUAUAUUACUGAAUUGAAAACAACUGGUUGCAAAGGAAGAAAAAAUGGAAAGAAGAAGUAAAGCAAACAAAUUCAGUUUGAUAGGCAUAUGUGUUGUGAAUUUUUACUUUGGUUUUAUAGAUUUCCCAUCAAUGUUAUAGCACAAUGACCUUAAGUGAGGACUCUGUGUGUAUGUAUAUACUUUUGUGCAUGUAUGCAUAUACUUUUGCAUAUGUAUGUAUAUACUUUUGUUUGUAUGUACUUUUGUGUGUGUGUAUAUAUAUAUAUAUAUAUAUAUAUAUUUACAUACAUCAGACUGUGUAUCAUACUAAAUGCAGAUACCUCACAGAAAGCCAAAUCAACUGCUGUAUUCAUCCUGAGAUAAUAUUUCUUAUAGACAUAGUGUUAAAAAACACAAAUAUAUCAGUAGCAGACGAAAAUCAUCCAGCAUCAGUGAUGGUAUUGCUAGAUGCACAUUUCUGCCUUUUGGGGCUUUAUUAGUAGCAAAUACCCACUGGCAGCCACAUGCUAAAGCAAAAUCCAUUGUCACUGACAUAGAAAAAUAGUGGUUAAAAAAUCACUGAUAUUGCAAGUAGCUGGAGAGCUGAAUAAAAGUUUGUCAUGUGCAACAGAAGCAGAAUGUGUUUAAAGUAGCAAUCUGUAUAUCAUACUAAAUGCAGAUACAUCAUGGGAAGCCAAAUUAACUGCAGUAUUCAUCCUGAGAUAAUAUCUCCUACAGAUGCGCAGUAUUAUAUAACACAAAAUUAUAUUAAUAGUGGAUGAAAAUUGUCCAACAGUGGUGGUGGUGGUAUUGCUAAAUAUGCAUUUCUGUCACUUUGCUACUUAAAUAUUUUUGUGUUAUCUAACACUGUAUGUCUAGAAGAAAUUUUAUCUGAGGAUGAAUACUGCAGUUAGUUUGGCUUUCUGUGAUGUAUCUGCAUUUAACAGUAUACAUAUUGUUAUUUUAAACUAAUACUGCUUCUGUUGUGCAUGAAUGAAUUUUUGAAAGUGAACUAACAAUUUGAAAAUGCACCUAUCAGUCCAAUAGAGGGUAUUCUAAGUUGACCACCAUGCUCUAACACCUUUUUUGUCUCAAGUGAGAAUUUUUUCUCUACAACAAACUUCAGUGUAAACCCUUUAUAAGUUUAAAUAUUUCUCAAACAUAUUUCAACUGGUCUUCAAUUUGUUUAUUCCCAUCAUUGUUUUGCACACCAACUCAUGAUAUAUGUAUAUAAUAUAUGUGUAUGUAUACAUAUAUUUAUAUAUGUGUAUUUGUGUGUGUACAUGAAUGCAUAUAUACAUUCAUUCAUUAAAGUGCUGGAAGGCUAGAUUGACAGGUUAUUUCCAAUGCAACACUCAACUAGGCCUCAAGGCUAUCUACCAUUUCUCCACCUUUUCAAUGCAGUGACUUUUAAUAUCCACCCCUGUAAAUAACUAGCUUGCUAUUAAGCAUUUAUUCCUGUCACAUUAAUAUUCAUUGUUUAGUUUUAUUUGUUUCUCUCUUUGUCUCUAUACUAUUUUGUCUUAAAUCUAUUCUAAUUUUAUUUUAUUUUCAUUCUCAAUUCUGUGUUCUUUCAGCUUUUAACAUUAGCAUUUUAAAUAGAUAUAUAUAUAUUUUUUUAAAAUACCUACUUCAUUUUCUCCCAUUUAUUUAGUUAUUUACUUUUCUGUUUUUCAUAAGCUCACCUGCCCCUAUCAACUCUAAAUCCUUUAUGUCUUAGCAUCUCAGAAUGAAAAGUUACCAGCAAUUGGUUUCCCUCAGUACUACCUCUCCCAUUUCACCCAAUUUUGUGUUUUAUUGCAUGUGUCUGCUUUCUUUACCUAUUUCAUCCACCAACACCAUCAUAGGUUUUUUUUAGUCAGUGGCUAUCCAUUUCUUAUCUGCAUCAUUCUUGGCCCAUCACUAUCAUCAUCACUAUUAUUAAUACAACCUCUGUCUUCAGUUUGUCUUCAUUAUCAUUAAUGUUGUUCAUGUCCUACCUAUUCUUACUGUUGUUGGUAUUAUUAUUAUUAUUAUUAUUAUUAUUAUUAUUAAGGUAGGGAGCUGGCAGAAUCAUUAGCACACUAGGUGAAAUACUUAGCGGUAUUUUGUCUGUUACUAUAUUCUGAGUUCAAAUUCUGCUGAGGUCAACUUUGCCUUUCAUCCUUUCGGGGUCGAUAAAAUAAGUACCAGUUAUGCACUGGAGUCAAUGUAAUCAACUUAAAAUCUCUUCUCCAAAAUUUCAGGCCUUGUGCCUACAAUAGAAAGGAUUAUUAUUAUUAAUAUUAGAUGUUUAUAUUUCUACAGCAUUAUCACUUUCUCAUUCUCUUUUUUGAGAUAUGCUUUCUUUAUUGUUAUACUCACUUGAUCAUUAUUAUUUUGGUUGCUGACAAUUUUUUUUUUUUAUUAGCCUACCUCACCAUUUAUGUCUUCUUUUUCUUCUAACUUAUCUUUAUCUGUUUUGGUAUUACUAUUGUCUAAGGCCUGUCUGCUAUUUCACCAUUUUUAUUUUUGUUUUUAUUUUAAACUUCUUGUUUCCUCCAGAUAUAAUUAAAAUACAGUGCUUGACAGACGCACAAUGUAAGAGCACACUUUUUGAUUCAAGUCUUAUGAAAUGCCACUCCAUUAUUUAAAGCCCCAAAUAUUUCAUAACUUUUCACUUGGAACUUUUGCAUGCAAUGGUGUUAAAAACAGAGUGGUACCGAAACAACUAUAACUGAUCAUUAAAGAUGUGAUAAACUCUU